UCUCACUGAACAGAAAAGACGCGAUCCAAACAUAUUCAAUCGCAUCACUAUCUGAGAUUUUUGCUAAACAUAUCGUAUCGGAGACAAUGGCUCUCGCACCCAAAUUCGCGGGACAGAAGCUUGCUUCAAGCUCCAUACAACCCAAAGCUGUACACACACUCGAGCUCUACCUCGACUAUGUCUGCCCGUUCAGCCAGAAGAUGUUCAAGACCGUCUACAACACGAACCUCCGCCAGACUCUUCUCGAAAAGUACGGCGAUCGCGUUGUAACAAUCUUUAGACAGCAGAUCCAACCGUGGCAUCCCUCGUCUACACUCGUCCACGAGGCCGGGUAUGCAGUCCAGAAGGUCGACCCCACCAGAUUCUACGACUUCAGCGCCGCGCUCUUCCACCAGCAGAAGGAGUUCUUCGACGUCAAUGUCGUCAAUGAGACUCGGAAUGCUACGUACAAGCGCCUAGCUAAGAUCGCUGGAAGUGUUGGUAUCGAUGAGAAGAAGGUGUACAGUCUUCUGGAAAUCAGUGACAAGCCUACCGAGGAUGGGGGCCUGAACACGGGCAAUGGUGUGACGGACGACGUCAAGAUUCAGGUCAAAGCCAACAGGUUGACUGGUGUUCAUGUAACACCGACAGUGGUCUUCGAUGGCGUUGUCAAUAAUGAGAUAUCAAGCGGCUGGACGGAGGCUCAGUGGGAGGAGUGGCUUGAGAAGAACGUUAAAUGACUACCUGGUGGGCAUAUACCGACGAAGCUUUGACCGAAUUCAUGGUGGCUCGUAGUAAUAAAAUAUUCUUGCGCUAUGA